AUGAUUCGCACAUUGGUUUUGCACUUUUUGUUGUAUCUGUUUGGUGUGUUUGAUGAUGUUGAGUCAUAUGAAGUGAAGUCAGUGUCAGUGAUGGAGGGAGAAUCUGUCACUCUACACACUGAUAUUACUGAAAUACAGAGAGAUGAUGAAAUCGAGUGGAGGUUUAACAGCAUUCGCAUAGCUACAGCAGACAUUCCUGAAUAUGAAAAUGCUGAGAGAUUCAGAGACAGACUGAAGCUGGAUCAGACCGGAUCUCUGACCAUCACAGACACCAGAACCACAGACUCUGGGGACUAUAAAGUUAGUACCACUAUCAAAAAUACUGAGUCAAUCAAGAGAUUCAGUCUUACUGUUUAUGCUCCAGUAUCCGUUCCUGUCAUUACCAGUGACAUUUUACAGUGUUGCUCAUCAGCAGAAAGUUCAUCAAGCCCAAAAUGUGUCCUGCUGUGUUCAGUGAUGAAUAUAAUUCAUGUGACUCUCUCCUGGUACAAAGGAAACAGUUUACUGUCCAACAUCAGUGCACUGGAAAAAAAGUGUGUGUCUGAUCUCAGCAUCAGUCUGUCUCUUCCUCUGGAGCUGGAAUAUCAGGAUAAUAACACCUACAGCUGUGUGAUUAACAAUCCUGUCAGUAACAAGACCAGACACGUCUGCGUUACCGAUCUCUGUCGUUUGUGUUCAGUUCGUCCGUCCACUCCUACCAUCACUCCACAAAAUCCUUCAUCAUCUGACAGUGCUGCAGACUCUGUACCUCUGACUGUGCUGAUCUCUGCUGCUGCUGCUGGAUUUCUGUUGAUUGGUGUGGCAGUUGUGAUCUUCUGCAUCUGCUGGAAAAAAAGACCAGAACAAGAGGAUCAGACCCGUGGAGAAGAGAUAACAUACGCUGAUCCAACAUUUUACAAAAGAAAUGCACAAAAAGUGAAAGAAGAGGAUGAGGUGGUGUAUGUGGGUGUUGUCACAAGACGUUAA